UGGAUGCAGGGGAGCAAGAUAAGCAUGGACGACAAGUCAGGGGAGGAGAGGAAGGCGGCUAUGAGAGAGGAGCUGGGUCGAACCAACGAGGCUUUAAGGGAGUUUGGGCGGAGGGCGAGGGAAGCAGAGCAGCUGCUUCUGGCUGUGCUGGAUGAACACAAGGGCUUUAACUACACGACCUUCGCGCCGCCCGAAUACGCCCUAGGUGCACCUCUCCUCGCCGCCCUCCCCCCUGCGCCACAGGAUGAGCAGCUUAGAAUGUCUUUAUUAUACCACUGUACUGAUGAGAAGGCCCUUGGGAUUAUCCGGAAGGAAAAGAAGAGGGAAAAGGAGAGUGGGAAGGCGAGGAGGAGUGGGGUUGGUGGGGUGGAAGGAGGGGAAUCAGGGCCUAUCAGCCCUCGGCCUGCACCCACUGCUGCUGCGGCUGGGAAGGCAGCAGGGAAAGCAGGGGAGGCUGAUUUUGCUGCUGCUGCAGCAGCGGCAGCAGCAGCGGCGGCAGGAGCAGGAGGAGCAGGGAAAGGGGUGCCAGUGGGUCUGCCUCCCCCUCCCCCGGGGUGGAAACCGGGGGACCCGCUCCCUUCCUUUUCAGACCUUGCUGCUGCCGCUGCCACCGCCGCCGCUGUAGCAGGAAAAGCAGCAGCAGGAGGGGCAGCAGCAGGGGUACCCCCACCUAUGCCUGCUGGGUGGAAACCAGGAGAUCCCCUCCCCCUCCCUCCCCCUCCUCCGGGGUGGAAACCUGGAGACCCCCUCCCAACUCUUCCCACCGCUGCCGCUUUUCCAUCUGCUGCUGCGGCCACUCCUGCUGCUCCUUCUGCUGCUGCUGGCGCUGCUGCUGCUGCUCCUACUCCAUCCAUUCCCCCAGCCGUACCCAUGCCCGCCCUUCCCACCAUGCCUGCAGGUUGGAAACCGGGGGAUCCCAUACCCCUCCCCUUACCAGGCGCCGCUCCCGUGCCCCUGCCAGUGGCAGCAGGUGUACCUCCCUCAGAUGUACCUCCCCCGAGCGUGCCUGCCGCCGCUGCUGUUGCUGUGGCUGGCAUGGUGGUGGGACCUGGGGAAGGUGUUAUCCGGCCCGCAGCUGUGGCAGGGGCAGGGAAAGAAGCGGCAGCAGGAAAGGAAAGAGCAGCAGGGGCAG